GUGACGCACUUCCUUUUCCCGGACGCUAUUUAGCCAGCGCUGGUCAAGAGAAACCCCGAGAUUUUCUUAAUAAAAAUGACUCGUUCAUGAGUUGUGCAAUUAGUCCGUGGAUUUUUGAGCAUGAGUAAAUAAUGUAUAUGGGACUAGCAUCAUAGAUCGGUUUCAUGGUAUAGCUAAGCGGGCUAGCAGAAAUUCACAAUUUGUAUUGGGUCUCUGUUCUGCACUCCACCAAUAGAGAAAACUUCCCCAUUCAGUGUCCAGAAGAUCAGGUGGAGAGAUGAGCAAGGCCAGACGGGCCCCCCGGGCAGCUCUGCCCAGACUCACCCGCAGUUCCUCCACCCAGGCCAGGCAGACAGAGUCACCGGGGCCCCAGGCUGCUCCGGCUGGGGUAGGCCUCGCCCAGGACCUCAGCCUGAUGAGCGUGAGCGAGCAGGACAUGACGUCAUCAUGGUUAGAGAUGACAUCAUCACGGAGAGGGAGGCCAGCGAAGGCUCCUGCUGCCCCCAGGCUGGGUGUGAAGCCGGCCCCGUCCCGCGCGGGCCUGGGUCCCGUAGCCCAGCUGAUGAAGUCGGGACGCUGCAGGAACAUCGUGGUGGUGGCGGGGGCCGGGAUCAGCACCCCCAGCGGCAUCCCCGACUUCAGGACCCCUGGGACAGGGCUGUACGCUAACCUGGAGCGCUACAGCAUCCCCUACCCGGAGGCCGUGUUCAACAUAGACUACUUCUCCCACAAUCCCCGGCCCUUCUUCUCCCUGGCCAAGGAGCUGUACCCGGGCCCCCACCGGCCCAACUACAUCCACCACUUCAUCCACACGCUGCACCUGCGGGGCCUGCUGCUGCGGGUCUACACGCAGAACAUCGACGGCCUGGAGAAGAUGUGUGGAAUCCCAGAGGAGAAACUGGUGGAGGCUCAUGGGAGUUUUGCCACUGCUUCCUGUCACCUGUGCUACACCCCGUUCCCCGCACAGGAAGCCAAAACCGCCAUAAUGAACGACAACAUCCCAACAUGCUCCUUCUGCCAAGGCACAGUCAAACCCGACAUUGUGUUUUUCGGAGAGGAUCUUCCCCAGAAGUACUUCCUGCACUCCACAGACUUCCCCAAAGCAGACCUCCUGAUCAUCAUGGGCACAUCUCUGCAGAUCGAGCCGUUCGCCAGCCUGGUGAACACGGUGAGGGCCUCCACUCCGCGGCUCCUGAUGAACCGGGAGCCCGUGGGGCCCUUCCUGUGCCCCCCCCGGCGCCGCAGGGACUACAUGGAGCUGGGCGACCUGGAGAACACCGUCCGGAGGCUGGCCCAAACGCUGGGCUGGGACAGCCAGAUCCAGGAGCUCAGCGCCGCCCACCAGUGCAGGUUCCCCCCUCAGGGCCCUCUCCUCUCCGCGAGAGACCAGGAGAUGCAACAGGAAAAGGGCGGGGCCACCGAGAGCACGCCCGGGGAGCGGGGACCAAUCAGCAGCCAGGAAAGUGACUCUUCAGAGACGGACAGCAAGAGCCCGUCUUUCACAGAUCGCUCACAUUAAUCACAUCCAGGAAGUCAGUCGCAUAUCUGCACUGCAAAUAUAUACAGCAAUAAUAAUAUUCUCACCCUUUCUGUAGUCCGCACUUAUCUAAUUCAGGAUCACUUGUGCUGAAUGCCAUACUACACAGCGCAAACGUAUAAAAGCACUUAUUUUUAGUUCCUUUAUGAAUGACUUUUUCCAAUGACCUUAAAGACUCUCCUAUGUUAUGUAGAUACAGUGUGUGGACAUGAACUGCUUAAAAACUACAGGAGAGACAGAAUUACCCACAGUGCUUUGGGUGGCUGCUUCCCAGUGCUGCUAAAUGCUACAUCAGUUAUGCAAACGUGAGCAAUACUUGAACAGGGGGAAUUUGUUUUUUUUUUUCCUGAAGGAAAAUGUAGUCCACAACCCUCCCCCCCACCCCAGUCCCCCGAGUGUGUACACCCCCACUGUGUGCUUUCACAGGAUACUGCAGCUACAAGGGGCACGGAGGGGGGCAAACUCCAAUAAAUGUUCCUGUCCCACAACAAAAGACUGCAAUAUCCUGACUGGGGUGCUGAGCUCUGGAGUGCUGGACUCAGACUGCUCUGUCCUCUUAAAGCCACACCACGGCAAAAUGGAAUUUUUUUUUACUGACCUUCAAAUUUAGAGAGAUUGUAUAUUUUAGUUGCCAUUUCUGUGUUUGUAUUGUUAGUAUGCCAAUGUCCGCUCAGUAGAUAUAUUUUGUAAACUGAUUUUAAACAAAAUGACUAUAUUAUUUAAUGAAUAAAUAAAUGCUUCUUUCCAAA